AUGAGCUCGACAGCAAGAAGCCGAAGCGCUGAUGCCGCACCAAAGUCCCCCAACUGGAACAAUGAUUCCAGCCUGUUCACCUACACGCGCGGGCGAUUCGUCUUUGAUGAAGCGCGGCAGAUUCAACAGCGGACAAUCAGGUUUGACAUGAACCAACUCGCCCAAAUCGCCGCCUCUUCCAUCGGAGCAGACCACUGCAUCGCCGUCACCAAGUGCCCCGAUGGCAUGUACACCAAGGCAUACAUUUUGCGGAUGAAUGACGGCCGAGAAGUCAUUGCUAAAGUCCCAAAUCCCAACGCUGGCGUGCCGCACUACACAACAGCUAGCGAAGUUGCCACCAUCGAUUUUAUGCGUGACGUCCUCCGAACGCCUGCCCCCAAGGUCCAUGCGUGGAGCUCGCGGGCCGAUGACAACAGUGUAGGCGCUGAGUACAUCAUCAUGGAGAAAGCCGCCGGCGAGCCCCUCGACAAGUUCUGGGACCAUAUGAGUCUCUCCGAUAAGCUCGACGUGCUCACGCAAGUGCUCUCCUACUACAAGUCCUGGCUUGACUUCCCCUUCCCGGGCUACGGGAGUCUGUACUACGAAUCCGAUGCCGGGCCGUCCUCUCUCGCCGUCCCCAUCUCCGGUGGCGGCCCGCCCUGCAAGCGAUUCGUCAUCGGUCCCGCAACAGGCCGCGACUGGUACGAUGCCGAACGCUCGUCCCUCGAGUGCGACCGCGGCCCCUGGACGUCGGCCCUCGCCUACCGCACGGCCAUUUCCGCCCGCGAACGCGUCGCCAUCGACCGCCUUCCCCCCGCUAAGCAGAUGCUCAUGGUCACCGGCCCGUCGCCCGAGCUCUACACGCCGACCCCCGCCAAGAAAAUCUCCGCCCUAGCCGCCUUCGACCGCCUGCUCCCGCGCGUCCUGUCAACCACCAAUCCCCUCCUGGUGGCCCCGCACCUGUGGCACGACGACCUGCACGGCGAGAACAUAUUCGUCGACCCGUCUAACCCGACCCGCAUCACCGCCGUGAUUGACUGGCAGGGCGUCCAGGUCGCGCCGCUGUUCGACCACCACGCCGUGCGCCCCGCCUUUCUCGAUUACUUGUUCGACUCGGCUUCCGCGUCAGGAAACGACGCAGCAGGGGACGACGACGCAGACCUGCCCCCUGCUGCGCCCGACACCUCGGGCAUGUCUGACUCGGAUCGAGCGGCGGCGCUCAAGGCGUACUUCGACUCGGCGCUCUGCAUCGCCUGGCGCCUUCUCGUGCGCAACAAGGCUCCCGCCCUUUACGAUUUGGAAAAGUUCCAGGACUCGACCGAGGGCAACACGCUAAACGCGGCGCGGCGCGUGUACGAGUACGGCGAGUCGCUGUUGGCGGGGCUGAUGCUCGAUCUGGAGCUGCCGAAAGACAGCGAUGACGGCGAGACGACGGUAAUACGGAGCGAAAUGGAUGCCGAGUCGAGCGGGAUUAAUUUGAUGUCCCAGCUGCAGCAGCAGAUGGGCGACGAUUGGCCGGAUAAGGGUCUCACGGUCGAGAGGGACUACAACAAGAUCAAGGCCGCGCUGACACAAGCGAGGGAAGUUUUGGUCGAGACGGCGUAUGGAGAGGACGAGGCAAAGAAAGAGGAGUUUAGGAAGAGUUGGCCUUUUGAUAAUUAG